AUACACAUGAUAAUUUGACAUGCCAAAAUGUUGAUUAAGUUUUAUAGUUUCUCACAAAUUCUCGUGACACUGACAGUGACACCCAUCCAUCCUACUUUCUUGUUGCGGCAUCCUGAAUUCACCAUGAAAACGAAACGCUCGUUUUUCUCUUCUUCACAAGCACAAUUUACAAGCAUAUAAAACGACCCAAUAACAUAUAUUACUCUGAUUCAAUAAUCAUCUUAGACAAAAUCUAGUACUACAAAAAAAAAAAAAAAAGAUCUUUUUCACCAAACAAAGAUUUGUCUGGAUUGGAUCUCAACAGUAGUUUUUGAUAUUUUGUUGGUGGUUAGACAUAUGAUUCCAUUGUUACCCAAAUCAAGGUCAUGAGACAUGUUCCAGGAAGUCAAAUUUCUUUAUAUCAAAAGCAGCAUCUUGGCUUGUUUAGAGGAAAAUGAUGCUUUGAUUCAAUAAUCAAAGAGCUAUGAAUAUUGCUACACCCUUCAAGCGUAUUUACACUUCUUCACUUCAGUUUAGUUGGCCAACUAAAUCUACACGGGCUACUGUUACACCUCUUCUUUUUCUUAGAGAAGCGCAGAUUUGAUCUUAUAACAUAGGCACUGGACUAGAAUUGAUAAAUGAUCUAUGACUCUGUAAGCAUAUCUUUUCUGGGGGCAUCAAGUCAAUCUGCAUGAUGGGUAAGGAAAGCCAGAAUGAAGCAGUCAAUCAAGGAGCUGGUAGUGGAAGCUCUUCACCAACUAAGAGCGAUAGUUCAAGGGUUUCAGCUGCGUCACAGCUCAGUAUAGACAGGGAUCUGGGUUUGCCCUCAUGCCGUGUGUGCCAAUGUGUUGAAUCUGACCAAAGGGGAGAUGCUGCUUUGGGGUUUUUGGGGAUAGAUCCGUUUCUACAGGAGUCACCUAAUGUGAAGGAGCUGCCUGCACCUGACAUUAAAGAAGCCUUGAAUGAUGUUGAGAGCAAUGUAUCAGCCGACACAAAUCAGAAACUGGAGCCGGGGUAUGUGCAGUUCAUCAGUCCUACAGGAGAGGUUUUUGUGUGUAAUACAGAUUUAGAAAUGGGUGCAUGUCGCAAUCGGGAUGCAUUGAUUGAGCUCGGAUGCUCCUGUAAAAAUGAUAUGGCCCUUGUGCAUUAUGCUUGUGCACUGAAAUGGUUUAUUAACCAUGGCUCUACUAUCUGUGAAAUAUGUGGGGGUAUGGCGAGUAAUAUUAGGACUGCUGACUUUAAGAAGGUCCUCUCUUCCUUGAAAGAUUAUGAGGCAUUAAGAGAUAGGACCGCCAGCGGGGUACCUAAUCCCGCACAGGUCCAUGAUAAUUCUGGUGUUGAUCCUGAUGCUGUUGCAGCUAUCCGCAGACAGAGGCUAAGUGAGAUUUAUCUGUGGUUUAAUCCACUUGGUAACCACCAUCAUAACCAUUACAGCAGUGAAAAUGCUCCUGCAGUUUUGGUUGUCACAGAGCCACCUGCAAACAUUGUUGCUCAAGAUGUCACACCUCAAAAUUCAGCAACAAAAUGGGCUGUGGAAGGUACAGGGAUUUUGCUAGCAACAGGCCUGCUUACUGUUACUCUGGCAUGGCUCAUUGCCCCUCGAGUUGGGAAGUUAGAUGAGCCAUGUGGACUCAUUUAUGGUGUCAUUGCUGUUCCUUUUUGCUUCUUUCAAGAGCAAGUGGUCAUCGGUAUGAACAUAUAUAUGAAAUGCAAACAGCAAAAAAUGGUCUUCAUAUUCUUCUUGGAGGUGUUUGUGCUUUAGCUGUUGUUGUCUUCUUUCGCUUUGUUGUGCUAACUAGGAUCAGAUAUGGACCGGCUAGAUACUGGGCAAUUUUGUUUGUAUUCUGGUUUCUUGUGUUUGGUAUAUGGGCAUCAAGGACACAUGCUGCUCAUACAACUUGAAUUUUGUUAUAUGAUUUGCAUCUCUGAUGUGUUGUAAAGUCUGUUUCUGCAAAUUUUUCUGUCUUGAAGGUGGAUUCUUUAUUGAUUAUUAUCAGUAUUCUGUAAAAUUUUGAAGGAGUUCGAAUCUGUAUUUUUUCCUUAAUACCAACAUGACAAAUAAACUUUUUGAA